AUGUCUUGUUUGGACUGUUCCUGUAUUCUACGUACACCAGUUGAAUCAAUCAGACCAGAAGAGCUAUCUCAGAGCAGUGUCCAUGAAUGCCUGGCUGAUUCUGAUCUAGCCUGGAUUCCCCCAGCUACAGGAAGGAAUGAAAUGGUAUUUUGCUCUUCUAAUGUCUCUCACUAUGAACUCCAGCUGGAAAUAGGAAGGAGGUUCAACAACUUAACUUCAGUCUACCUUGCACGGCAUACACCUACAGGCAUGCAAGUUGCUGUAAGGAUCACAGACCUAGAAAAUUGCUCUGAAGACCAUCUGAAAGCCUUACAGAAUGAAGUGGUUUUAUCUCACUUUUUCCAACAUCCCAAUGUAAUGACACUUUGGACAGUGUUUACAGCUGGUAGCUGGCUUUGGGUCAUCUCCCCAUUCAUGGCCUAUGGUUCAGCUAGACACCUGCUGAAGACUUACUUUCCUGAAGGAAUGAGUGAAGCUUUGAUAGGGAACAUUCUGUUUGGUGCAAUCAGAGGAUUAAAUUACAUGCACCAGAAUGGCUACAUUCACAGGAAUAUUAAAGCUAGCCACAUUCUGAUUUCAGGGGAUGGGCUGGUUUCUCUCUCUGGCUUAAACAACCUCUACAGUUUAGUUAACAAUGGACAAAAGUCAAAGGUGGUAUAUGAUUUCCCCCAAUUUAGUACAUCUGUGCUUCCUUGGCUGAGUCCUGAACUACUGAGACAGGAUUUGUCUGGGUAUAACAUGAAGUCUGACAUUUACAGUGUGGGAAUUACAGCAUGUGAAUUAGCCAAUGGAUAUGUUCCAUUUCAAAAUAUGCCUCGCACUCAGAUGCUGCUGCAGAAGCUGAAAGGUCCCACAUAUUGGCCUUGGGAUAUAAAUACUCUUCCCUGUGGGGAAUCCAGGAUGAAGAAUUCCCGAUCAGGUGUUGAUUCUGGAAUUGGUGAGAGCAUGACACGCACAAUGACCAGUGAAAGACUACAAAUUCCUUUUUCCAAAACAUUUUCACCUGCUUUCCACAACCUGGUAGAACUUUGCUUGCAACAGGACCCUGAGAAAAGGCCAUCAGCAAGCAGUUUGCUUUCGCAUACGUUCUUCAAACAGAUAAAAGAACAAACACAGAAUUCACUACUGUCUUUAUUACCACCUCCUAUUCAAAAUAACACAUCAGAAUUCUUGGCACUGCCAUCAACAGCAGUUGGGACUGAACUUGGACCUAUUACUGCAAAUCAAGAUGGUACAGACUGGGAAUUCUAAAUAAAUACCAAACAAUCAUACCUCUUCUGUGCUUCAAAGAAGGAAAAUGUGAUUUGUAUUUGCUGCUUUAGUUUGUAUGGUUAAAAUACAAUUAGAUAAGGUAUACUUGAAAAUGCCAUUGAAAUGGCCGUAUUUCAUUAACUACUCCUCUGUUUGCAUCAUGAAGUACCGUGUGCCUCACAUUCUGACCAUAAGGAAAACUGUAUAUAGAGACUGCCUGAAUGCUUAUCUCCCUCUUUCAAAUAUUUUUUAACAAGAGAGUUCCUCCUGUAAUCUUACUUUAUACUGUAUUUUCAGCUCAUAUUGCUGAAAUUCAGUCCAUGUGCCUUUCUGAAUUCAGGCUUCAGUUUUGUCUCUGACCUUACUUAAACAUUUUAUUUCUCUUUUCAUUAUCACCCAAAUCAUUUUAGUAAGGAAAAAUCCUUACUUCCAAGUCUAAAUUUCAAACUCCACAAAUUAGUUGCUUAUGCAAAUAAAUGUUUCUCU